GUGCAAUUUUUCUGGCAGUGAGUGGAAAAUCAUGGAAAAUGCAUUUCAAAAGUGUUUCAACAAGUGCUGCUGCAAACUCUCUCAGCAAUGCAAGUCUGUGCAAGCCCCAACAAGGUGCAUCAACACCACUGGAUCUUCCGUGAGUUUCUUCCCUCUGUCACUCAUGAGACGUGACAAGUGUCAGAGAGGGAGAGAAGCUUCGAAUAGACGUGGAUGUUCCAUGCCACACGAGUCCCAGUUCGUGAGCAAUCCGAAAAGCUUGGCAGAGUUGGAAAACAGAAAUGCAUUGUCGGUGUGA